AAACUGAGCACGAGAGACAAUGAAAUCAAAGAGUUACAGCAGAAGAUCAAGAUGCUGGUUCCAGAGGGUGUGAAGCUGAAUCUGGUUGUGUGUGGGAGUAACAAUGAAUUAAAAUCCUUCAUAUCAAACCUGAUCCUGAAUCAGAGCGAGGAGAGAUCCGAGUGUGCGAGGAGAGACGUGGAGCUUCACGGACGUCUGAUCAGUCUGGUGGAGCUUCCAGCUCUGUUCAGCACUCAGCUCUCAGAGGAGGAAGUGAUGCGCCAGACUCACCGCUGUGUGUCUCUCUUUCAUCCUGGAGUUCAUGCUUUCCUCCUCGCUCUUCCUGAUGGUCCAAUCAAUAAUGAAGAUAAAGCAGAAACCGAGAGGAUCCAGAGGAUCUUCAGCUCAGAAAUCAACAAGCACAUCAUGAUCCUCAUAAAGCAGAAAACAGAAGAGCAGACGGCAGAAGGAAAUGAUGAAACACAGUCUGUCAUUGAGAGUUUUGGAGGACGACGUCAUUUUGUCGGACCGAACACGAAAGGGUCUCAGUUGGUAGAGAAACUUAAGAAGAUGGUUGCGGAAAAUAGUGGUGAAUGCUUCACCACAGAGACACUGUUGGAUGCACAGAUGGAAAAACUGCAGAAAUUUGAAGAAAUGAAGAGGAGGAUCCAUUCGUUAGAGACGUGGUUUCAGACACAAGAUUCAGGAACUAGAGAAGAUGAACUGAGGAUUGUACUCCUCGGAAAAACUGGGGUUGGGAAGAGUUCAACUGGAAACACCAUCUUAGGAAGAGAAGCGUAUAUAUCAGACCUUUCUGGAAGUUCUGUUACUAAAGUGUGUCAGAAAGAGACAGAUGAAAUCAACAGCAGACACAUUACUGUGAUUGAUACUCCUGGACUUUUUGACACUGAACUCAGUAACGUGGAAAUUCAGAGAGAAAUCAGAAAUUGCAUCUCCAUGAUCCUGCCUGGACCACAUGUGUUUCUCUUAAUGAUUCCUCUGGGAAGAUUCACUCAAGAGGAAGAAAAAUCGGUAAAGAUCAUCCGAGACACGUUUGGAGAAAACUCAUUAAUGUACACCAUAGUGCUGUUUACCAACGGAGACCAACUGAAGAACAAAAGCAUCGAACAGUUCCUGGAAAACUCUGGGAUUGCUCUUAAAAACCUCAUUGCUGAGUGUGGAAACAGAUACCAUGUGUUCAAUAAUGAGAGCAAAGACCGGACACAGGUGAAUGAUCUACUGCAGAAGAUAGAUGAAAUGGUGAAAGCAAACGGAGGGAGUUACUACUCAUGCAAGAUGUUCAGAGAGAUGGAAAGAGAAAUACAAGAGAAACAAAAGAAGAUACUGACUGAGAAAGUGGAGAACCUGAACAGAGAAAAAGAAGAAUUGAUGAAGAAACAUAAAGAGGAGAAAAGAAAGUUGAAGACUAAGAUGGAGGAAGAGCAUAACAAAGAGAAAAAGAGAAGAGAAGAGGAAUUUAGAGAAAGAGAAGAUCGAUAUAAAAGAGACAUUAAAGACAUAGAGGAACAAAGAGAAAAAUCACGAGAAGAACUGAAGAGAGAACGAGAGGAAUGGGAGAGACUGAAACAACAGGAAAGACAAAGGAGAGAAGAGGAGGAUGAGAAAUUGAGAAAAAGAACAGGCGAUGUGGAAUGA